AUGGACCACUCCGCCGAGCUUAAUCCAGAGCAGCCGCCGCCGAGGCGAUCAUCGGCUCUACGACGCAGGAACUCGAUCGCCACUCCGGUGGAGGUCCCCGCAAAGUUCUCUCCCCCAAACACCACCACCAAGCCGCUUCACGGUUCCCACAGCUUCCCCUUCCAAAACGGCACCGCACCUUCUCUAGACUUCGAGCUCGUCUCCUCCCUCAAGUCCUCUCUGGCCUACACCUCCUUGAAAGACCUGCUUCCCUCCUCCUCCGACGCCGCCGUCGCGUCCCCCACCGCCGCUAACUCAGGGUACCAGAUAUCAAUCCGCAACCGCCUCGUGAAGCAGGCCGCAUGGGCCUAUCUCCAGCCCAUGUCCUCCUCCCCAAGCUCCUCCGGCCCACACUUCCUCCGCCGCCUCUGCUUCAGACUCUCCACAAGCCUCACCGCCUGCCUCGCCUUUAUUCAAAGCCAUCUCGUUCCUGCCAUGACCGAGCUUCUCGAUCGGAUUCUCCACGCCUUUCGAAUCCGGACGAGGAGAUAGCGUCGGUCACAUUGACGGCAAUCGCCCUCCUUCACGGCGACCUUCCGAUGCCCAUGACUUGUAUGUGUGUGAAAGUGAUUUGACAGAAUAGCUUCUGUGUUUUUUUUUUUUUUUUUUGUGUGAAUCUGGUUUUUUUUUUUUACACCAUUUUCAAUGGAAAACCCCAGAGAGAAUGUCUGGAGCUUAUAACAGGAAAGUAUAUAUUACAAGAAGAAAAUAAUGAAAUAAGAUUUCCAAAUUUUCCGAAAA